CAGACAGUAGACAGCAUGCUCGCUCCCACACUGCUUGUGCUGCUUGGGCUGACGGUGACGGGGCUCAGGGCUCAACCGUACCCCAUCCCACCCACCUGUUACUCCAAAGUGCUGGCCAUGGGGAUGGAGAUCACCCAGACAGCGGCCCAGAUCAAAACUGACUACGACACUUACAGAUGCACAGCGCACCUGCCCAACCUCUACAUCGACGUUCACAACGCUUGUGUGAUGCCCACUAUGAUCUCGUAUAUGACUCUGCUGGACGAACUGAGAGCACGGAGAUGUUCGUACACCACGAAAGUGAAGAAUCUAAGGGAUACGAUCAGACAACUCUAUAUCUUCAUGUCACAGAAAUGUCACGGGGACUUGGUUUUUACUCGUGAUAACUGUGGAGCAUUGCACCGCAGAGGAUGGAGAGGCUGAGAUCACUUCAGACAUCACUUUAGUUUAGAUCAUAAAGAACCCAUUACUCCUGUUCAACAUAUGCAAUUUUUUUCCUGUGUGUAAUAUUGAUGUGUUUUCUGAUUUCUAAUAAAUAGCCACAUAUUACCACUA